AUGAGUCCGGUCAUACACAACUUUCUGGAGGUCCAUGCAAAAGCGCACGCAAAGGCAUUCACUGUGGAGAAUAUUAUUGUGGCAUUCCGAAAGACGGGUGUCGUCCCUUUCAAUCCUGAUGUUAUUGGAGCAGAUGUGAUGGCACCAUCAAUUACGAUGUCGAGUCAAGGCCACCAGUUACAGAUGCCAAGUCCUAUCCGUUCAAUGUCAGACAUGAUUUAUCGGGACUUAGCCUGGCGAGCAGAACAAGAGGAAGGAGACAGGGACUUACUGUUGCAUCCUCAAGCAGCUAUUCCCCCUUGUGCGAUGACACCAGUUUGCAGUGCACUCAAUGAUCUGGCCUCCACAUCUGCUUCAUUCCUCAUAUUGUCAGCUCAACCACCUUCAUCCGCUCAAAUUCCAGCCUACAAGCCACUCACCAUUUCACCUUUCAAAGAAAGCCGUUACAAAGACCUUCUAAAUCAGCCACCAAGAACCCAAGUUGAGCAUCAGCUCAUGGAAGCAUUGAGAGAGUCUGAGUUGUGGGACACUCAGCAAAAGUACAACAUGGUGGGAAUGCAGGCUGCUACACUUCUUCAAGGAACCUAUGUAGCAAGGGUCAGGACGUCACUCCAAGAGAAGGAGAAAAAAGAUAAAGAGAAGAAGAAUAUUUUGUUUGGAGAUGGAAUGCCAAGGGUCUUGAGUGACCAGGAGUUUGUAGACAUUGUGAAACAGAAGGAGGCAGAGGCAGAGAAGAAGGCCUGUCAGAAGGCAGAGAAAUCAAGGUGGAAGGGGUGCUACACAAUUGUGAUUCAGCAGUGGAAGAAGGAUGAUGAAGCACAAAGAGCACGGAACAAGGAGACUACUGACCAGUACCAUGCACAGCUUGCAGCAUGGAAAGCAGAAUCAGAGACCACAAGAAAAGAGAAAAGGAAGCCAGGUUGGACCAAGCCAAAGAGAGGAAAUAUAGAGAAGGGUGAACCAUGGCCAAAGCAUGCAGAUUUUGAGGGAGAGGAAGAGGUCAACACGAUGGAUGAUGAUAGCGAUGUUGAUGAGGUGGCCCAAGACGAUGAGGCGGAGCUUGAUUAG